UGUUUGUUUCUUCAAGGGAGAGUGCAUUAAUAUACAGAGAAAAUGUAACCGUCGUCGACGACGGAAGGGCGGAUCUGGUCAGCGUCGUUUGACCAUAAAUACGACAAGUCCAGGGGUAUUAAGGUAAAUAGGUAGACCCUUCCCUGAUUUAUUUAUUCUCGUUCGGCUAUGUCGUUGUUGUUGCUUGUCGGUCUCUUGAUGAGCCCUGGCGUCUCAGCUACCCUUUUUAUAUAAAUUCUCGCCUCUCUUUAUCUCUGUAGAAGAGGCGAGAAUUAGGCAAAAACACAAAGGCAUACACUUUUGUGUGCACAUCUUGAAAGAGAGAAAGAUAGGGAUGAGAACAAGGAGGGGGCUGUGUUAUCCCAAAGUGAACGUGUGUUUGGAAAAGAUGGCUGUGAAGAGGGAGAGAGAUUUCGCCGGAGAAAUAGUGAGUGCCAGGAAAAGGUCCAGAGUUUCCCCAGAGAACGCCGGAGACUGUGAUUUGUUCGAUGCGUUGCCGGAUGAUCUAGUUGUUUGUAUUCUCAGCAAACUCAGCUCCACAGCUAGGUGUCCUGCGGAUUUCAUCAACGUUCAAGUAACAUGCAGAAGAUUAAAUGGCUUGGGUCUUCAUUCUCUUGUACUAUCAAAAGCCUCUCAGAAGAUGUUCUCCAUUAAUGCUAACAACUGGUCUGAGUCAACUCAUAGAUUCCUAAAACAGUGUGCCGAUGCCGGAAACGUUGAAGCCUGCUACACUCUUGGCAUGAUUCGCUUCUACUGUUUGCAAAACCGAGGCAGCGGAGCUUCUUUGAUGGCGAAGGCAGCGAUUAGCUCCCACUCGUCGGCACUGUACUCUCUCGCCGUCAUUCAGUUCAACGGAAGCGGAGGCUCCAAAAACGACAAGGACCUCAGAGCCGGAGUGGCUCUCUGUGCGCGAGCGGCAUUUCUCGGCCACAUCGACGCGCUCCGGGAACUCGGCCACUGCCUCCAAGACGGUUACGGCGUCAAACAAAACAUCGCCGAGGGACGACGAUUUUUGGUCCAAGCCAACGCUCGCGAACUAGCCGCAGUGCUGCCCAAGACUCCAUCGGCUCUAACCUCCGGAUCGUGGCUGACGUGGAAUCCAUUACCUCAUCUCCGCCACGUGGCUGGCUCAGGGUGUCCAUUACUGAGUGAUUUUGGUUGUAACGUUCCGGCUCCGGAAGCUCAUCCAUCGAACCGUUUUUUGACGGAAUGGUUCGAGGCUCGUGGAGGUGUUCCUGGUCCGGCGCUCCGGUUGUGUUCGCAUUCGGGUUGUGGAAGACCUGAGACGAGGAGGCAUGAGUUCCGGAGGUGCUCGGUUUGUGGCGCUGUGAACUACUGCUCACGUGCGUGUCAGGCGCUCGAUUGGAAGAUGCGCCACAAGGCUGAGUGCGCACCGGUGGAGGGUUGGGGUGAUGAGGAUGGAGAUGGUGAAAUAAACGGCAACGGGAAUGUUAACGGUGACGGUAACGGCAAUGUAAAUGGGGAAGUUGUUGAAGAUGUUGUGGUGGAUAGUUAACGGUGAGGGUGAAGAGAACUGUGAUUUUGAUCACGGCGGUAACGCCACGUGAGCCUUUGAAGAUGAAAAUGAGCCAGGGAGGAAAAUCCUGGUGGCCAUUUUUGGGUGAAAAAACUCCAAUUUUACUUUUGAUAUGGUGGCUAUUUUGUAUAGAGGAGGUAGUUCUGAGGUUUUAAAGGGGGUGUUUUUGUACAAUUCUGCUAUGUGGCUGACGGAGGCCUUGAAUUUUCCGUAAAUGACACUUUUUAUUUCCCUAAAGCGCCCCUCUCCUGAUUUUCUGUUCUAUAACAACACUUCUUCUGUAAGUUUUAUUUUAAUUAGGUGUGUUAAGAUUACGUUCUA